CAGGGUCUCGGAGAAACAGAGCUGCAACGAGUGAAAGUCUUUUCGGGGUGCAGUUUUCAGUUCUGGAAGCAUGGAAAGCAAUCCAGGGAAGCUACUGAUACUGUAUGCAACCCAAACUGGAAACGCCAUGGACGCGGCGGAGCGCAUCGGCCGUGAAGCUGAACGCAGAGGCUGCCCCGUCGCAGUCCGUUCCGUCGAUGAAUAUGAUGCUAGUUCCUUACCUCCAGAAGGCUAUGUAAUUUUUGUUGUUUCUACCGCAGGCCAAGGGGAUGUACCAGAUUCUAUGAAGGCAUUUUGGAGGUUUCUUCUGCGGAGAGAUUUAGGCAGCAAUUGGCUCGAGGGAGUUCGUUAUGCUGUUUUUGGAUUAGGUGAUUCUGCGUACCAGAAAUAUAAUUUUGCUGCAAAGAGGCUUGAUAAAAGAAUUUUAGAUCUUGGGGCUACAGCUAUUAUUGAAAAAGGCUUGGGAGAUGAUCAGCACCCUUCAGGAUAUGAAGGUGCUUUGGAUCCUUGGAUGUUAUCUUUAUGGGGUAUGCUAUAUCAGAUCAAUCCCAAAUUCUUCCCAAAAGGUCCAGACUUCUCAAAUCCAGAUGCAAAACUAAUUGACCAGCCAAAAUUUCAAAUCACUUAUAAUAACAUUGAGGAGAGGAAUUACCAAUCAUCAACUCUCUCAGAUUUGGAAGGCCUUGAGCUGCAAAUUGAGAGGGCUCGGUCAAUGUCUGGUGGAAAAUCUUUGCGGGACAAGAACAAGCCUGACUGCUUUCUGAGAAUGAUAAGAAAUUACCCUCUGACCAAACCAAGCUGUGGAAAAGAUGUGCUCCACUUUGAAUUUGAGUUUGUUUCAUCGGCUGUUGAAUAUGAAGUUGGUGAUGUCCUUCAGGUUCUCCCCACUCAAAAUCCUGAGGCUGUAGACGCCUUCAUACAGCGUUGUGAUUUGGAUCCUGAAGCAUUCAUAACAGUUCAUCCCAGAGAGAUGGAGAAUCGUCCUCUUGAAGCAAGGAUGGAAACUUCUGAGAUGCCUAUCAAAUUAAGAACUUUUGUGGAAUUGACAAUGGAUGUUGCAUCAGCCCCCCCUCGGCGCUAUUUCUUUGAGGUUAUGAGCUUCUUUGCAACAGCUGAACAUGAGAGAGAGAGACUUCAGUAUUUUGCCUCAUCUGAAGGAAGGGAUGAUCUUUACAAAUAUAACCAGAAGGAACGGAGGACUGUUCUGGAGGUAUUAGAGGAUUUCCCUUCUGUGAAAAUGCCAUUUGAGUGGUUGGUGCAGCUGGUUCCUCCACUAAAGGCAAGGGAUUACUCUAUUUCUUCUUCCCCUUCUGCUCACCCCCAUCAGGUGCACUUGACAGUUGGUGUAGUGUCGUGGACAACACCUUAUAAGAGGAAGAGAAGAGGUCUCUGCUCAUCAUGGCUGGCCAGUCUUGAUCCUGAACAAAGUAUGGGCAUUUACAUACCAGCAUGGUUUCAUAAGGGUUUACUUCCUCCUCCAGCACCAACCCUUCCCCUCAUUCUCAUUGGACCUGGAACAGGCUGUGCACCUUUUCAUGGAUUUAUAGAGGAAAGAGCCAUACAGAGCAUGGAAGGUCCAACUGCCCCUGUAAUGUUUUUCUUUGGUUGCUGGAAUGAGGAAAAUGACUUUCUAUAUAAAGAUUUCUGGUUGUCCCAUUCUCAAAAUGGUGGGGUUCUCUCAGAAACCAAGGGUGGUGGCUUUUACGUUGCCUUCUCAAGAGACCAACCACAGAAGGUUUAUGUUCAACAUAAGAUGAAGGAACAGAGCAAGAAGAUCUGGAAUCUGCUUCGCGAGGGUGCUGCCAUUUACGUUGCUGGUUCUGCAACCAAAAUGCCUGCAGAUGUAAUGUCAGCUUUUGAGGAAAUCAUAUCCACAGAGAGUGGAGCUCCCAAGGAUAUUGCCACAAGAUUGAUAAGAUCUUUGGAAAAAGCUAGUAAAUACCAUGUUGAAGCCUGGUCUUGAGCGACACAUCAUUUUUUCAUGCUUCAUUUAUGCACCAAGAAAGAAACACACUACAGCUUCAAUUCAAGGUACUCAACAUUGGAUUGGGUUUAUGUAACGUCUCAUUGAUGACUUUGGUUCUUAUUUAUUCCAAACAUAAUUCAAUCAAAGUAAUAUUUUAUCAUCAAUAAAAGACGGUGUUCUUCAACAGAAGUGGGAUCUUGGAAGGCAUCAAUGCAAUUAUUGAUGACUAUCGAUCUUGUAUUCUUUGAUUAUAAUAAAGAAUUGUUUUAAUA